CUCCUGCCGUCUGUCCCACUCCUGCAAUGUGGAGGGAGUUUUGACUGAAUUAUCCUGUGAAGUUUGCUUUGCUUUGACCCACCAGAUCGAAAUGGAUGCUCACCCUGACAUUAACACUACACCAAGAGGUUUCCGGUGCACUUUAUGUGAUGUCAAUUUACCAAAUGCACCCACGGUGGACGCACAUGUGAAGGGGCGAAAGCACCAGCAUCUUUUCCGACUCCGUGCAACGAGAAAAACCCAGGAGCAGAACAGCGUGUUUGUGAGCGGAAUCAAACCGGACACAUCGCAAAUGCAACUCAUAGAUUAUUUCCAACAGUUCGGUCCAGUGUCCGAAGUCAUCAUGGACAAAGACAAGGGUGCGUAUGCCAUUGUGCAGUUUGAGGAACAUGCUGCCAAACAAUCAUCUCUGGAUCAGCUGGAGCACGAGAUGGGUGGCCUGAAGCUGAGGGUGAAGCCUCGGGAGAAGAAAGACUUUAAAGUGGUCAUCAAGAAGAAGCAGGAGGGCAAAAACACACACGUCAACAUGGACAUCCUCAACCGGGAUCUUUGCCAGGCCUCAUCCGUGAAUGAGCAGAUGCUGAGGGUGGUGGAGAGUUGUGAGCUGAGCGAGAGUGAGAGGAACGGCCGGGAGCUGUUGGUGAAGCUGCUGCAGGAGGUCUUCACAGAGUUCUUCCCAGAUUGUGAGAUUCUGCCGUUUGGCUCGACCAUCAACACAUUUGGGGUACACUCCUGUGACAUGGACCUGUUUUUGGACCUUGAGAAAACGAAAAUCUUUCAGUCUCGGUCCAAGAGCUCGAUGGAGCAGGCAGGAGAUGGUCAGUCAGAAGACGGGCGCUCUGAAGACUCCAUCCUGUCUGACAUCGACCUGACCGCAGCGUCCCCUGCGGAGGUGCUGGAGCUGGUGGCCACGGUGCUGAGGAAGUGUGUUCCCGGCGUGCAGAAGGUGCAGACGCUGACCACCGCCCGCCUGCCCGUCGUCAAGUUCCACCAUCGAGACCUCAACCUUCACGGCGACAUCACCAUCAACAACAGACUGGCACUGAGGAACACCCGAUUCCUGCAGCUCUGCUCCGGCCUCGACUCCAGGCUGAGGCCCCUUGUCUACACCAUCCGCUUCUGGGCUAAGCAGAAACAGCUGGCAGGCAACCCCUUCGGUGGCGGGCCCCUGCUAAACAACUAUGCCCUGACGAUGCUGGUCAUCUUCUUUCUGCAGACCAGAGAUCCGCCAGUGCUGCAUUCUGUAAACCAGCUCAAGGAAAUGGCCUGUGAGGAGGAGGAGUGUGUUAUUGAAGGCUGGGACUGCACCUUCCCCAGUCAGCCCAUCGCUGUGCCCCCCAGCAAGAACAACGAGGACCUCUGCACACUGCUGGCUGCCUUCUUUGCCUUCUACUCCCAGUUUGACUUCUCUGCAUCCGUCGUGUCUGUGCGCGAGGCCCGUCCACUCCCCGCCACCCCUUCCCUCACCCAGACGCCCCAGCACUCCCCGGCACCCGCGCCUCAAAACAGCGACAAGACCUCCCCGAAACCGUCCACCCGACCCAGGACGCGUCACAUGACCAUCCUGGACCCGUUCGAGCUGAGCCACAACGUGGCGGGCAACGUGAACGAGCGGCUCCACAAGAGCUUCCAGCGGGAGUGCGGCGACGCCGAGAAGUACUGCCGCAGCCUGCAGUACCAGCGCAAGUCCACCAAGGGCAAGUCCUGGGGGCUGGUUCGCCUCUUCGCCCCGCGCUGCCCCACCGUGCCCGGGGCUAGCGGCAGCAGCAGCCAGGGAGAAGGCAAGGAGAAGCAGCAGCGUCUGGAGAUCCGCCUGCCCCUCCGGCCCGAGGCUCUGCCGGGCUCGCUGCGCUGCCAGCUGGGCGCGGGCGGCGAGGGCUUCAGGGAGCGCUGGUUCUCCCUGGUGCGGGCGGCCGUGGAGAAGGUGCUGCAGCAGGUGCUGGGGUGCCGUCCGGCGCGGGAGGAGGACUUUGAGGACCAGAUGGACACAUCGGUCUCGUCCGGCACCAUGGACACGAGCAACCCGGAAGAGCAGCAGUGCGCUAGCCGCGCCCGGGCCGAAACCUCUUCCUCAUCCUCAGACACGCCAGCAGCUAGCGGUGACGGCGCGCAUCAGGCCGGACAGAAGCGGUCGCUCUCAUCCACAGGCCCCGACUCCGGCUUCAGCUCUCCGCAGGGGAAGAGGCAGCGGCUGAGCUCCGGCGACGAGGGCCCCGACUCAGCCUGCUGGUGCCUGGUGCAGCGGCACCGCGUCUGGGCCGGACGCCGCAGGGCACGGAGGGACAUGCUGAAGAGCGGUGAUGGUGGUGCCGCUGAGCACUCCCUGUCAGAAGAGGGCGGCGUGGCCAUGGAGGUGCGGGUGACGGAGCUCCUCACGGCCCAAGAGCCCGACCCCCUGGACCUGCUUGCGUUUAGGGUUGGAGCACGGGUGGAAGGGGACGGGGAGAACAUGGCGACACUGUUGUGGUUCACACCCCUCUUUGACAGCAGCGGACUCUUCCAGGACUUUUUCCACUUCCUGGAGUCCUUCAUACCCAAGACCACUGAGGUCCUCCUCGGGUUAGGAGAAGAAAAGCUAAAAUAAGUAAACUGAAUGGUUUUGUUUUGUUUGUUUCUUUCUUUUUUGUGUUUAACUUUGAGUUUGUUAAUUUCUGUUGACAAAUUAUACUCUAUUUUAGUAGACUGUAAAAACACGUUUGUUUUGUGUUGUUAUUAAGAGAUCUAUUUUAUACUAAAUUGUUUUUCCCCUGACAAAUCAGAUACGUCCUGAAUUGCCAAUGUGCCCAAGUUGAGUUCCUGAAAAAUUGAUUCUUAUAAUGCCGUUAAGUAUUUUUUUCUCCCUCUUAUCAUUUGUCAAGUUGUGCCCUGUUUUGUAUUUAAAAGAAGUAUCUGAUUUGUGCAUAAUACCUGUGUUUUGAGGGAGACGGUUAUCUACAUUUUUAUUUGCUCUUGUUGCUCUUGAAGAAAUGGGUAUGUCAGGUAUUGAUCCAGUUUCACUCCUUGUCAGAAUCAAACUUGGAUCUGUAUGAACAUUGCUUUAUUUCUGUUUAGUUUGUGUGUCAUACAUAAAAUGGAUAUGAUUGUGUGAAUAUGAGUGUGCAGGCAAUAAACCUGUUGGGCACUUAA